GAAUUUGACAUUAUCACUAUUAUCAUAGUCACAGAAUUCCCAGGAUUUGCCAUGAUGGAAAAGAAAGACACUUAUGUACCGAAGACCAUUGCCUGCCCUGGUAAAGGUUUGCCUAAGCCCUAGAAGGAUGUGUUAAUACAACAUUUGGGUUACCAUGGGGACCAGGAUGAACUUUAAAAUAUUAUUUCCCACAGGCCUGCUGAUCGUUCUACACCUAUGUGAAAUAUCUAUGAGCUGCCCAUCUGUAUGUUCCUGCAAUGGGAACCAAACAGAUUGUAGUGACCUUAAUCAACUCAUCUCCAUAGACUCCAUCAUCGAUCAGCUUCCAUCAGACUCGACCUUCCUAAACCUCUCAAAAAACAACUUCACCACAGUGGAACCUGGAAGUUUUUUCAAUCUCAGCAGCCUGCUUUAUUUAGAUCUCUCUAGAAACCUUCUUUCCACCCUUCACCCUUUAAGCUUCUCAAAGCUGAAUAACCUAGAAAUCCUAGACCUCUCUGAAAACCAUCUAGCGAUGCUUCCUGUUAACCUGUUUUCUGAUCUCAGGAGGCUUGCAGAACUGGUUCUAAAAGAUAACAGACUUAAGGAACUGAACCCAGAUCAGUUCAAAGGCCUGACUGAGCUGAAGCGCUUGGACCUUUCUUCAAACAGCCUCGGUUCUCUGCCAACACAUCUACUGGAUGGACUCCAUAAUCUAGUAUGGCUCUCGAUUGUUGGCAACAAGCUCACAACUAUACAGCGGAAUUCACUUGAGCAAACUUCCAGUUUGCAACAUCUUUUGCUGGAGGGAAACCCGUGGAACUGUAGCUGCAGGUUAAUACCACUAAAGCACAAGCUAGAAUGGAUCUUAUAUAGAGGUGGUCAUGUGGAUUCCAUCAACUGCUCCUACCCUACAAACCUCCAAGGGAAGGAUCUUCGCAAUGUUCCUACCGAAAUGUUCAAACACUGUUAUUCUCUAUAUUUUGAAACCAUAAAUCCAUCUGUUGCGGGACAAAUAGGGUCGACCGUGGACUGCAUACGCCAGCGCAACCGGACAGUAAGUGUGCGUCGAGCGGCUGGCACAGUGGCAGUAGCUGGGGUGGUUUGUGGCGUGGUGUGCGUGUUAAUGGCGGUAUCGGCCACUUAUGGGUGUGUCUACGCAAUGCUGGCUGCUCACAAACAGCAGCAGCUAAAGCAGGGAAACAGCCAACAGCGGCCGCUGAUAGUGGCUAAGGCACCAGAUCUGAUGAAAGAACUAAAGGAAGACUUGAUGCCAAGUAUAAGAAAGGAAACAGAAGCCCCGGAGUGCGCAGAGUGGAUGGCAUUUCCACCAGAAGUGUGUGUAUAAAACACAAAGGACCACUGGCAGUUUUGGGGGGAAAGACCUUUGAUUUAUAAUGCUUCAACAUUAUCAAGUCCACUUAUAGAUCGUAUCCAACCAACCACUAUCACUUUGUUUAUGUAAAUGAAGAAAAGUCAUGUCACUCUCUGGUUAAAUAUGGCGUACAGCAAGGAUCAGUUCUAGGCCCUAUCCUGUUCUCGUUAUAUAUGUUACCUCUAGGAGACAUAAUCAGGAAACAUAACAUAAGUUUCCACUGCUAUGCUUUGAAACAAUUAAACAAUUGUGAAAAGCGCUAUAUAAAUAAAAUUGAAUUGAAUAUUUAGAUUUAUGGAUUUGGCAAGGAGGGCUGGUGAUCAGAUACAUUUUAUUAUGACAUAACGUCAAUAUUUCUUAUAAAUGCUGUUUGUUUUCAGGUUUUUAAUUUGUUUAAUGUAGACUUUUGUACCUCAUAUAAUUAAAAUUGUGAUCUUCAAUCGUU